AUGUCAAAUUUUACACCUUCUCAAAAAUUAUCAGAUUUACUCAAACAUGAAGGAAGAUCAAAUUCAAUGCAUUCAUUCUAUAAUAAUAGAUCAUCUUGCUAUUCAACAAUAAAUUUGAAUAGUUCGUUGUUGAAUGGAUGGGAUAGUUAAAAUCAUUAACCUGUCUCAAUUUUAACAUCAAAUCGAAGCGAUAUCAAAUAAAUCAAUGUAUCAGCAUCAAAAUAAGUAUGAUGCAAUUAUAGUAUAAAGGAUAUUACUAAUGAAAUAGUAUCAUCUAAACAUGAAAGGAGAUCAUCUACUCAUUUAUUUGUUCAUUCAGGAUUAGAUGCUUAUGAAAAGUAUUAAAGUUAGCCAAGGAGAGAUAUGAAGAUAUAUCCAAAUUUUAAAUAGGAAUUAUUGCAUGAGGUAGUGAAGAUAGAAAAACCAUUUUAUAUUACUUCUGUAGAAGAGAUAGAAAGGUAUUGGAAAGCAAAAGAGAUUAUGUUAUUCAGACAAAAAAGUUAAUUGGAAUUUGAAGUAAAGUUGUAAGCACAAUAAGCAAAUAAAAAACCAGUUAUUCUUAAGGUGGAACCAUUAUAAGAGAUAUCAGAAAUGGAAGUUGAAAUAUAAUAAUUAGAAAUAUUAUUAAAGUAUGAGUCCCUAUUAAGAAUAGAAACAAGAAUAAGAAGGUUAAUGAAUUGUAAUGGGAAAGUGAGGAAUUAGAUGUUAAAUAUGAGAAUAUGUUAAAUUAAGAUAAUGAUACACAAUUUCUCAAAUAUGAAAAGUAGCUAAAGAAUAUCCAAUAAUCAUUUAAGGAUUUGAAUAGAAGAUUUCAUGAAACGGAGGAACAAAUUACAAUGAAGGAAAAUGAAAUUGAAUCAAGAAAGAAAUAACUUCAACGAAAGUCUUCAAUAAUAAUGCCUUCAAAUCUAAGAAAUUCUAUGACUGACUCUAAAUUUAAAUAGAGAUCUUCUUUUAAAAGACAGAGUAUAAACUCUGGAACUAUGAGUCCAACUAGAGUGACCUUCUCAUAAAAAAGUUAAACCUCAGAAGAGUGCAUAAAAUUCAGACAUUGA